AAGCGCUUUUCCCUCGGUGUCCAUGAAUUUUAUGUAAAUGUUACUGCAAGGGGAGUGUCGGAGCUCGUCCCAGCGAAAAUGGCGAACAGGCUUAAAGUGGAUGAACUCCGAACUCAACUUGCUCAACGUGGACUGUAAUGUUCGUGUUUGUUUUUGGUUAUUAAGGUUCGUCGCCUGGAAUCUGCCAUUCGUGAAGAGGAAAAUUCGUUGAUAGAUAAAGAUGCUGCUGCUGCUGCUGCUGUUGGUAGGAAGAGAAGGGGGAGGCACUCGGAAGAUUCGAAUGGAAGUGACUUAAUCAGUGAUGUUGAGAAGUUACGGGAAAUGAAUGUACAGCAACUGCGAGAAGAAGCGGUUCGUCGUGGAAUUUCUUCCACUGGUUCAAAGAAGGAGUUGCUGAAGAGGCUUUGUGAAGAAUGUGAGAAGGAAAAAGAGGAUGAAGCGGUAGAUGAAAAUGACGCAAACAAGGAUGGAAAUGUUGGCACCAAGGAAAAGAUUGUUACAGCUACCAAAAAGGGUUCAGCGGUGCUGGAUCAGUGGCUUCCAGAUGAAAUCAAGACGCAGUAUCAUGUUUUACAAGUGGGUGAUGAAAUCUACGAUGCCAUGUUGAAUCAGACUAACGUUGGAAACAACAAUAACAAGUUUUAUGUGAUUCAAGCACUUGAAUCUGAUGGUGGCGGUACUUACAUGUUUUACACCAGGUGGGGAAGAGUAGGUGUGAAGGGACAACUCAAUAUACAAGGUCCUUACACAUCACAAGAAAGUGCAAUACUGGAAUUUGAACAAAAAUUCUUUGCUAAAACCAAGAAUAAUUGGUCUGACAGAAAAGAUUUUAUUUGUCACCCAAAGAGUUAUACCUGGCUGGAGAUGGACUACAGCGAAAAUGAAAAAGAAUUAUCAGUCAAUGAGAAAUGUGGAUCUACUUCAGAGAUUCAACCUCGCGAAACACAACUUGAGCCACGCAUUGCAAAGUUUAUCUCUCUCAUUUGCAACAUUAGUAUGAUGAAGCAACAAAUGAUGGAAAUAGGGUACAAUGCUGAAAAGUUGCCACUUGGAAAGCUGAGUAAAUCUACAAUUUUAAAGGGUUAUGAGGUUUUGAAAAGGAUUGCUGAUGUGAUUGGUCUGUCAAACAAGAGGCUACUUGAGCAACUAAGUGGGGAAUUUUACACUGUAAUACCACAUGACUUCGGAUUUAAGAAGAUGCGAGCAUUUGUAAUUGACACCCCUCAAAAAUUGAAAAGCAAGUUGGAAAUGGUGGAGGCGUUGGGCUGUAUUACUGGUCUGAUUCCGUCAUUAUUACAGGAAGACCCCUUGUAUUCUCAUUACCAACGCCUUCAUUGUGAACUUGCACCAGUUGAAGUUGAUUCCGAGGAAUUCUCUAUGGUCUCAAAGUAUGCACUGAAUACACAUGCGAAAACACAUUCAAAUUAUACAGUUGAUAUUGUUCAAAUAUUUAGGGUAUCAAGAAAGGGAGAAAAUGAGCGUUUCGAAAAGUUUUCUAACACAAAGAACAGGAAGCUCUUGUGGCAUGGUUCUCGGCUUACAAAUUGGACUGGCAUUCUCUCCCAAGGUCUACGCAUAGCUCCACCUGAAGCACCUGUAACAGGUUAUAUGUUUGGAAAGGGGGUCUACUUUGCUGAUAUGUUUUCAAAAAGUGCAAACUAUUGUUAUGCAUCUAAUGUCGCCUCAACUGGUGUUCUUCUUUUGUGUGAGGUUGUGCUCGGUGACAUGGUCGAACUUCUUGAAGCAAACUACGAUGCUGACAAGUUGCCCGAGGGGAAGCUGAGCACAAAAGGAGUGGGACAAACAGAACCAAACCUCUCCGAAUCUUUGACGCUCGAUGAUGGCGUCAUCGUCCCUUUGGGAAAACCAAAACAGAAUCAACGUCGUAAGGGUUCCUUAUUGUAUAAUGAGUAUAUAGUGUAUAAUGUGGAUCAAAUUAGGAUGCGCUAUGUUAUUCAAGUGAGUUUCCAUUUUAAACGUUGAAGGGCACAGCACAAGCAUUGCCCUUUUCCAUCUGCAAGUGCCUCACCCUUAGAUAGCAAAAUGUUAGGAGAAAAAAAGAGAGCGAAAGAAAGAAGCAAUGUUCAGUGAUGGUGUUGGAGAGAUCGAGGAAAAAGAUUCUAUAAUCUCUACAGUCAGCUUCCAAAAUCAAUUGCAGAGACCAAGAUUUCAAACCCAACAGAGAGAGAAAAUGAAAAACAGGUUGUGGGGACUCUGACAUGUGAGCUAUUGCUGAUUCAGAGAUGGAUCCAAAGUUUGCCAUUUAUUUAUUCCAACCAGGUCUGAUACAUAUUCAUUUUCAAAUCGCAUACUCGUAUUAGCUAACAUGAAUUUAUUUUAUUUAGUUCUAUUUUUUUUUUUGUUGAAUUCGAAAAGAAAAAUUAGUCACUAUGAACGUAGUUUAACUGGUAAAAUAUUAUGUAUUUUCUUGAACUUUAGAAGGUUUAGAAGUUCGACUCUUUGCAUUGUU